CCUUAUCUCAAUAAUUGAUUUGGACAUGUUGGUCAAACAAGCUAUAAGUUAUUUCUUUAUAUACUAAACCAAAAUCAAUUGAUUUUUGUGUUCAAAAAAAUAAAAAACAAAGCAACAAAAUGGAAAAACAACCUCUUCUCCCUUCUUCCUCUUCAUCAUCAAACCAAAAUCCAAUUCAAAUUGAUCCAAAAAGAAAAUUGCAUAGGUCCAAAUCUACCCCACCAUCAUCAUCUAUAACACCAUCUAAUAAUCUUGAAAAUCAUUUAGCACCAUAUACAAAUCCACCUUAUUUUAUAAAAAACAAUUCAAUUCUUAAACAAGUUAUAUUACUUCUAUUUAUUUGUUUGAUUAUUGGUAUAAUCAUAUGUUCUUUCUUUAUGGAUGAAUUUAAGUCCAAAAAAACUUAUCCAAUUGUUGAUGCUCUAUACUUUUGCAUACUCACAAUGUGUACUAUUGGUUAUAGUGAUAUAACACCUAAUAGUACAUUUACUAAAAUAUUUUCUAUUUUAUUUGUGCUUAUUACUUUUGGAAUUUUUCAUAUUAUACUUACUUAUUUUCUUGAUUCACAAAGAAAUACUCAUAAAACAAGAAUUAAAGUGGCAUUAUUAUUGGGUAUUUUUGUGCUAUGUAUUGGAAUUGGAGUUUUUUUUAUGCAUUUUGUUGAGAAAAUUGGAUGGUUUGAUUCAUUUUAUUUUUCAUUUAUGGGAGUUACUAGUGUUGGUUAUGGUGAAAAAGUGUUUAAAUCAAUUGUUGGAAGAAUUUUUGGAUCAAUUUGGUUAGUUUUUUCUAUAAUUGUUUUUAUUAGAGUUUUUAUUUUGUUGGUUGAAAUUAGAGUUGAUGAAAGGCAAAGAGAAGUUGAAAAAUGGGUGAUGGAACUUGACAUGACUAUUGAUCAAUUUCAUGCUGCUGACAUUGAUAACGAUGGUUUUGUGAGUAAAUCAGAUUUUGUGAUAUACAAAUUGAAAGAAAUGGGAAAAAUUACAGAAAGAGAUACAUUGAUGAUCAACAAACAAUUUGAGAAAUUGGACAAUGGUAAUUUUGGAAGAAUUACUCUUUCUAAUAUCAUGGAAAGUCAUUAUUAAUCGAUUCUGAUGAGACGGUUGAAAUUUCUUUAAUUUUAAUCAGACGUAUCAGCUUCAAAUCUCUGAAAAGAAAAAAAAUGUCAUUGGGCUUUGCACGCUGUAAUUUACAUAUUCAAAUUUAGUCAUAUCUCAGUACAGGAAUACCAAAUAUUAGGUGGGAUGUAUAUUAAUAAAAAUACUGUAUAGUUUAAUGGAUAUAUUUAUAUAUGUUUAUGUAAUAUUGGUAGAAUUACAUCUUUGUCAAAUAUAUUUAAAAAAUUAUUGUGAGUCAAGUUUGAAAAGGAAAUGAUGGACAGAUGUUGUGUUCUAUGUGUAUUUUUUUUAAUUAAAUUGUUUAAAUUUUAAGUAA